CCAAAGUACACAAUUUCUACGUAUCAGCAAGAUCUUAGCCUUUGUUUGUUUAAGACCGGAAAUGGCUGGCUCACAGGAAUCAUCAUCCCUGCCAACCUGCCGAGAAAAGUGAAGCGAGGUUCACAAUGUCUAUAAAGAUGCCAGCCUUGUCCUAGAUACUCACUGCAAUCUGGCACAGACCAAUGCAUCUUUCCAUUGAAUCCAUUAUUUCAAAAUUCCCCCCCCUACCAUGCCUUUGUACAGUGCCUUACUCCAGUGCUUGGGAAGGCGCUCUAAAGACCUGACUGCUUUCACUGGUGACAUGCCUCCAUUCGAGGCCAAAAUAGAAUCUACAAGGUACAUCAAUGGAGUGGAUCCCAUCAUUGAGAACGGCACCAUCCUGGAGACCAAGUGCAUUGGCGCUAAGGGGGAUUAUAACACUGAUCAGAAUAUGAAUGCGGAAGCCAAGGGUAUUGAGCCUUACUCUGAGAGUGUCUCUGAUCAAGCUACGCUAGCCGAAAGUACCAUUGCGGAGACUGAACGCCCUGGGCUGCACCGUGAAUCCGAUCAAGCUACUGUUGUCGAAUUCUAUACGAACGCGGAGACCAAGGGUGUCAAACCUUGUUGUGAUAGUGUAUAUGAUCAAAACACCACCGCUAUGAAUACAGACACAAGAACUAAGUGCCUUGAGCUCUGCUGUCAAGGUACUAUUUUCGGUGAUGAUCACAUUUUUCCUUCUCCAUCAUUUGUCGACAAAUUGACCGGUGAACGUAUGGUCGAGCUGAUCCAUGUCACUACCAUAAGCCUUGAUCAUUGUAAGAUCAAAGGGGCUGGAUCCUCUACACCAGAUUCAGACAAAGACGAAAUUGAGGUACUGUUUCACUGUGCAGGAGAGAACGUUUGGGUGCAUGUUCCGUAUAGCUAUGCUAAGGAUCGAGAUGAUUUCAAGUGAAUCCCACGAAGUGACCUGACUUGUGAGCAAAUUGAUCACUACUGCUUCUUUUUUUGUUUAUCCUCUUCUUGUUGCAAUUUCAACCAUCAUGUAUAUAAUAUAGAAGCCACUUGUCGAGCUAUAGAGUUACCUAGUUCUGUAACGGAAUAUGUUUCUAGUCCAUGGACGUGGCUAAAAAUAAACUCAUCUUUGGAUAUAUAAACUAAA